AUGUCAGAAGAAGAAAGUGAAGUAGGUCCAAGAAAUGGUAAUGUCGAGGUGAUAAAGAGCUCGGCACAUAGAAUCGAAUACGUUUUGCAGAAUUACCCAAGUUUGCGAGAUCAAAUCGAGCAGAUGCUUGAUGGAAACAAGAACGAAAUUAAUAACAAUAAACGCUGCUCUCCAUCUCGAAAUAUUCACCCAAUGAGACUGCAAUCCUUAAACGACGUUGUUAUAGACGAUGAUGCCAAUACCAAAACCAAAAAUAAGGGAUUACCUUAUUUUGUUCCAACGAAAUCCGUUACCCACCUUUGCCCAUACGCUCAAACGAGCCCGCAUAGAAAUAUAGAAGUUGCUAAUUUAACAACCAAACCUGCCUUGCCGCCUUUUAGCGCAAUAAUGGAAGUAUCGUCGAAAGACGAAGCACCGGAUGAUGAAAACCAUUUGACAUUACCAACUCCCUAUAAUAUGUUCAAUAGGAAGUCAGUGUCAAUGUCAAUCUGUAGCUCUUCACUAGGAACUCAGUUGUUGCUUCCUGCGCCUGCGGAUAAUUCAUUAGACGAUUUACAAAAGUCCUUGAUUUCCAGCUCAUAUCAACAACAUCUCGAAGGAAAGUUACCGCUAAAUACCAAAAAUUAUCCGGAACAUGGGAUAAAUUUAUAUGAGAUGUUUAGAACAAAAAAUGAAGAUACUUGUACAAGGAUUUCGUUACCUUCACCUUCGCAUUUUUCUUUAUCGUCGUCGCCACGAUCAACGUGUACAAAUUACCCUCCCACACCAACUUCUUCAGCGUCACCUCCACUGUCGCCACACAUAAAAUCCAAGCGGUCCUCCAUUCACCUCUUGUCGAAACCUGCACCCUGGUGUGCAAACGUUAUUAAUGAGGAUCGUGAGGAUCGUACUUUAUACUCCCACUUUCAACCGAAUCACCUUAUGGAAACUGAUUGUUCUUAA